AUGAAGAUGCUGACGGGAUUUCGUUUCCGGCCAUCUGAUGAUGAGCUUAUAAUCCACUAUUUGUUAAGGAAGGUGAGGGGAGAAGAGAUCCUUUGGGAUGGCAUUCGUGAGUUUGAGCUUUACGGAGAGAAGGCCCCCUGGGAACUUUUCGGUGAUCUUGACGGUGAGGAGGAGGACAAGCAUUACAUUUUCACGAGGCUCAAGAAAUCCGGCAAACGCGUGUCAAGAAUAGCCGGGUGUGGGACUUGGCACGAAAGCUCUUGCAACCAAGUAUAUGAUAGUGAGGGUCAAUGUGUGAUUGGACUCAACAAGCAAUUCUGUUUCAAGGUUAAACACGAAUCGCGCCUGCAAAAAUCUCACUGGAUCAUGCAUGAGUUCUCCCUGGCGGGUGUCUUUGAGCAAGAACGGUGUAACAACUGGGUUCUAUGCGCCGUAAACAAGAAGGGGGCAGAAACAAAAAAGGGGGUGAAGAGACGUUUCCAGGAUGUUCAAAUUUCCAGCACCAUCGUCCUUGUUGAAGCUCCAAUUCCAUCCCUUGAAAGCCCCCAAGCAGGGAAUACAAACUUGUUGCUACUUGAGGAUGAAAACCAGGUGAGAAAAAGAAUGCGUUCGGAUGUCCAAUAUGAUGCAUUUGAAGUUGCUGAUCAAAUGCCCUUAUCAUGUUUAUCCCAAGCUGGAAGCUCUCAAUGUGAACUCUCACCGGAUUCUGUGGAUGUUGGGGAAGACAAUACUCUGAUGUCAGAUUUGGAAACCCAAACGGGCUGCGUGGCAACCAUUGAUACAGCUGAUUAUGGGUUUGAUACUGCCGAAUAUGAGUUUGAUGAAUCUGAAUUUGCACUGCUACAGAAUUUUAUGUAUAGUGGGGAAAACAACACUCAGAUGACUGAUUUGGAAACCCACAACAUGGGCUGUCUACCAACCGACGAUAACGCUGAUUCUGAGUUUUAUGGUUCAUAUGGUUAUCUCCCGCUGCCAUCUACUCAAGAGAGGGAACAUCUGCCACUUGAUACAUGGAUGAAUAUUUGCAAUGAUGAGUUGUUUGAUUCCUCUGUAUUUGUUUAG